AUGGCAUAUCCCUUUCAACUAGGCUUACAAGACGCAGCAUCACCUGUUAUAGAAGAACUUCUACAGUUUCAUGAUCACGCAUUAAUAAUCGUCUUCUUAAUUAGCUCCUUAGUUCUUUAUAUUAUUACAUCAAUACUUACAACCAAAUUAACACAUACUAGUACAAUAGAUGCUCAAGAGGUAGAAACUAUUUGAACUGUCCUCCCAGCCGUUAUUUUAAUCAUAAUUGCCCUACCUUCCCUACGAAUUCUCUAUAUAAUAGACGAAAUCAACAAUCCCUCUCUUACCGUAAAAACAAUAGGACACCAAUGGUACUGAAGCUAUGAAUACACAGACUACGAAGACCUAAACUUUGACUCGUACAUAAUUCCAACCUCAGACCUAAAACCAGGCGAACUACGAUUGUUAGAAGUAGACAACCGAAUAGUUCUACCCAUACAAAUGACAAUCCGAAUACUAGUCUCCUCAGAAGACGUAUUACACUCAUGAGCUGUCCCUUCCCUAGGCCUAAAAACAGACGCAAUUCCUGGCCGCUUAAACCAAACAACCCUAAUAUCAACACGACCUGGCCUGUUCUACGGACAAUGUUCAGAAAUUUGUGGCUCAAAUCACAGUUUUAUACCAAUCGUUCUCGAACUAGUACCUUUAGAGAAUUUCGAAAAAUGAUCUACAUCCAUAUUAUAA